AUGGCUCCCUACAAGGCAUCAUAUGGGCGAAAAUGCAGGACACCACUCUGCUGGGUAGAAACUGGAGAAGUAGGAUUAGUUGGACCCGAGAUUGUUCAGACUACUACUGAGAAGAUUAAGAAAAUACAAGAGAAAAUGAGGAUAAGUCAAAGUCGUCAGAAAUCAUAUGCUGAUCAACGAAGACGAAACUUGGAAUUUUUGGUCGGUGACAAGGUAUACUUGAAGGUCUCUCCAUUUAAAUCCGUGAUUCGAGGAAAAAUGAAAGGGAAAUUAAGCCCAAGAUACAUAGGACCCUAUGAGAUUUUGGAGAAAAUUGGAUUAGUGGCUUACAGAUUAGCUUUACCUGUGGCAUUAUCAAACAUCCACAACGUGUUUCAUGUGUCUCAACUACGGAAACAUGAGCCAGACCCUACGCAGGUACUUCGAAAUGAGACCAUUGAGAUACGAAAUGAUCUAACGUACCCUGAGGAACCAGUUCGAAUCUUAGAUCAAAGGGAUCAAGUCUUAAGGAACAAGGUUAUUCCCUUAGUGAAGGUACUAUGGGGUAAUCAUGACGAAAAAGAGGCAACUUGGGAACGCGAAGAAGAGAUGAAGACUUCUUAUCCACAUUUAUUUUAA